CAAUUUUAAAUUCAAAACAUAAAAAGGUCUAAUUACUUAUUGUGUUCUGAACUAAAAGCAAUUAUACUUAAAUUUAUUUAUGUAAAAAGAAAUAAAAUUGGCGAAACGUAUACACAUAAAACUUCGAUAUUUAAUUUUAAAAAUGGUUGGCGUAACAAUAGGUAAUAAUGAAUCGAAUAUGAGCUGUGAUCCAAUAAUGAAAUAUUUAUAUAAAAUAAGAGAAGAACAUGCUAGACAGCAAGAAAAGGAUUAUUCUCAUGUAUUUAGAAAAAAAUCACGUUUUGAUUUGAUUCGAUUGUCUUGUAUUAUUGUUGGUAUAGAAUUUGCUUAUGCAGCUGAAACAGCUUUUGUAUCGCCUAUACUUUUACAAAUAGGGAUAGAUCAUAAACAUAUGACAAUGGUUUGGGGACUAUCACCACUUUUAGGUUUUUUUGUCGCUCCAUUUUUAGGAUCAAUAAGUGAUCGCUGUAGGUUAGCGUUUGGGCGAAGACGUCCUCUGAUAUUAAUUUUAUCAGUUGGAAUUUUAUGUGGACUUUUAUUAGUCCCACAUGGUAAGGAAUUGGGACAAGUUCUUGGAGAUGUUGGAAUAAACUACUUUUCAAAUGAAACCGAAAGUCAUGUUAAUACAAAUUUAUCACAAUUCGGAAUAGCUGAGGCUUUAACAGCUCCACAGCUAAUAGAUGAUUCAUCAUCAAAUUAUAAAUUUGCUGUGAUUUUAACAAUUUUGGGAACAAUUCUACUAGAUUUUAAUGCUGAUACUUGCCAAACUCCAUCUAGAGCAUAUUUGUUAGAUGUUUGUAUACCAGAUGAUCAUGCUACUGCUUUGAGUAUAUUUUCAACAAUGGCUGGAAUUGGUGGAUCAUUAGGUUAUGCAAUGUGUGGCAUUGAUUGGGAAUCGACAUCAUUUGGAGAUUUUUUUGGAGGAAAUAUUAAGACAGUGUUUACAAUAGUAACUCUAUUAUUUAUGAUGUGUUUUGUUAUAACUGUAACAAGUUUUCGGGAAAUUCCAUUGCCCUUAAUUGAAAAAGACUCCUUAUUGAAACCAGUUUCAAUUGAAGCAAUCAAAAAGGAAUCUGAAAAAGGGAAAAAUGAUAUGAUCUUUUAUAUUAAAGAGCAGACUAUGGCAAUGGAAUUGCAAAAUUUAAAUUGCACAUUAAAUGGUCACCCUACCGAAAUUUCAUUUGGUAGAUAUAAAAAAGUUAACACUGAUGAGGAGAAUGCUGAUAUAAAUGGAAAUAUGGAGAACAAAGACUUUGGUGGUUUCGAUAAUGUUGAAAAAAAUAUUGACAAUGAUGACGAAGAAAAUGAAAACGAAGAAAAAGUUUCGUUAGCAAAAUAUUUGAAAAGUAUUGUAAUUAUGCCAAAAUCAAUGAGAAUUUUGUGCUUAACAAAUUUAUUAACAUGGAUGUCACAUCUUUGCUAUUGUCUAUAUUUCACCGAUUUUGUUGGUGAAGCUGUUUUCGGAGGAAAACCUUCAGAGGAUUUGCAGUCUGAAUCAAACUUAGUUUAUGAGGAAGGUGUUAGAUUUGGUUGUUGGGGCUUAGCAAUUUAUGCUAUUUCUUGUUCAAUAUACUCAAUGUGCACAGAAACGUUUAUUCGUAUAUUUAGUUUAAAAAAAUUUUAUAUUGGUGGAAUGAUAACAUACACUGUUGGUAUGCUAAUUUUAGCUAUUUGGCCGUCUAAACCUGGAGUUUUAGUUUUGAGUACAACAGCUGGUAUAGUUUAUUCUACAUUAUUUACAGUUCCUUAUAUAUUGGUAGCAAAAUAUCAUGCAAGUGGCUGUUUUCAAGUAAAAAGGGGUGAAAAUAUUCAAAUAAAACAAACACGUGGCUUAGGCACAGAUGUGGCAAUAGUAUCAAGUAUGUUAUUUGUCGCACAAUUAACAAUUUCUCUCAGUAUUGGUACUUUAGUUUCUUGGUUGGAUACGACAGCAGGGGUAUUAUAUGCGGCUAGCACAUUUAGUUUGUUAUCAGCUAUAUCAGCUCAUUUUGUUUUAUAUUUAGAUUAAAAUAAAUGUUUAGAUGUCGCGAAUUAAAUUUUAAUAUUUUGUUAUUAUAAUAUUACUGCAAUGCAUUUUUUUAUAAUGAAUAAACUCCAAUUAGUUUAAUAAAAUAAUGUUA